GAAGAGGAUAUUCAGUAGCAGGCGUAUCGCUGUGUGCGGCCAGCUGUGUGUGUAGUUUAGAAUACAUCAUGGCUGGAAAUCAGCGAGUGUGCGUUAUUGGCGCAGGACCUGGUGGGAUGUCCUUUUUAUACCAAAACAAUAAGUUAAAAGCAGCCGGAAAGAGGUGUGCAGAUGUCGUCUGCUACGAGAAACAGUCCAACUGGGGAGGUCUGUGGAACUAUACCUGGAGAACAGGUGUGGAUGAAUAUGGUGAAUUUUGCCACGGAGGCCAGUACCGUGACCUCUGGUCCAAUGGUCCCAAAGAGUGCCUGGAGUACCCAGAUUAUACCUUUGAGGAUCAUUUUGGGAAGGUCAUCCCCUCUUUCCCUCCACGGACUGUUUUAUUCGACUACUUACAAGGUCGUUGGAACAAGAACAAACUCCGUGCAUAUGUUCGCUUCAAUACAGUAGUGAAGGACGUGACCUACAACAAAACCACAGACUACUUCACCAUCAUGGCCAAGGAUUUGACCAAUGACCAAGAUCUCCCUCCAGAGAGGUUUUCUCACGUCAUUGUGGCUACAGGUCACUUCUCCUUCCCAAACGUUCCAAACUUUGAAGGGAUCGAUAUGUUUAGAGGCAGAGUUCUUCACUCACACGACUUCAGACGAGCAACUGAGUUCAAAGGUCAACGGAUACUUUUAGUCGGAUCGAGGUACUCGGCAGAGGAUAUCUCAAUGCAAUGUAAGAAGAUGGGUUCUGGAAAGGUAAUCACUUGUUAUCGGAACAACCCAAUGAAUUUUCACUUUCCCGACGGUAUCGAGGAGCGUCCAUUAUUGACAAAAGUAGACGGGAAUACAAUUCAUUUCAAAGAUGGGACGACAGCGGAAGUUGACGUCAUCAUUCUUUGUACCGGAUAUCUGUACCACUUCCCGUACUUGUCGGAGUCCCUUCGCCUCAGGUCGAAGUUAUCGAUGUAUCCGGAUGGACUAUACAAGGGGACGAUGUGGAUGGAUGACGGCAACAACAAACUCUUCUACCUUAGCAUGCAGGAUCAAUAUUACUCUUACACGAUGUUUGAUAUCCAGGCCGAAUGGGCAUGUGCGGUCAUCUGCGGACACCUGAAGCUUCCGGACAGGAAAGAGAUGGAGUCCGAUAUUGCGAAAUGGGUGAAGAAGCGGGACUUGCUGAAGGAUUGUUAUGAUGACAUCGCCCUCCAGACAGAGUUUGUAUGUGACCUCGCCAAGGAAGUAGGCUGCAAAUACAACCUAGAUGUCGCAGCUUUGUUCAACAAGUGGGAAGAUGACAAGCGCGCGAACAUAGCGACAUAUCGGGAUCAGGCGUAUUCCUCGAUUUUCACUGGGAAACCGGGAAUCGUACAUCACACUCCCUGGUUCAAGGCAUACGACGACUCCGUGGAAACAUUCGUAAACCAAACACCAAACAAGGAAAAAUAAUGUGUUAUGGUGUACCAAAACAAUGGAUUGUCGAUAUCGAUAUAUUAUUUACUGUUUUAAGCACCAUAUAGCCAAACGGCUGGCUGGGUAUGCGUCUCUUUAAAAUCGUAUUCAGUUAGUUCGAGGUUUGAGGUUUCAGUUCGUUGGUGAAAUGUGUUCAAGUACAUUGUAUGUAUAUAUACUUAAUCUUGGAUUAGGGCAUUUGUUAUUUCAAUUUCAACAUAUUGUAUUGACUGAUGUUAUAUCAAUAUAGGAUUGGACAUCAGGCAGAGCCUAUAUAAGUCCUCUCCUUACAUAAAACAGGUAAACAAACAUAUUUACGUACCAAUAUGGAUUAUACAAUAAGAAGAGAGGUAUCUUCUUAGUUAUGAUUUUUACAUGAUUAGAAGAAAGUAACUUCUUAAAAGAUGAUUGAAUUGUUGUGAGAUGUAUAGAUAUGCCUAUUUCACUAACAAACACAAUUCUGUAACUACUUAAUAUAUUAUUUAACAUGUGUGAGUUAUAAGUUACACCUUAAUGAUAUAUAUAUGUAGUGUUUUUAUUGGUUGGGGCAUUUAUAUCAAACGCAUACAUGUACUGUAUAACUUUGCUGCUAUAUAAUGCACUGUUGUAAAUAAAGAUAUCUGCUUUGAU